AAGUUUUCGCCUAUCAAAGGUUUUUUCCUGUCAAAGUCAGUACGAUCGAAAGUAAUUAGUUUUGUUUUUAUUUUUAAUUAUUUACUUUACGACCCACUCCCAUAAAUUAGAUCAUACUAUUUUUGUGCCAAAAGCAUCACAACCACGUUUUAAGCAAUUAUAUAGUUGCAUUGGGUAGUAAUUAGUAAUUCCUCUAAUUUGCACACUAAUGCCUGAUAAAACUUACACCUUAGAACCCACAAGAUGAGAUAUUAAUAGGUAAUGGACCUCUCAAUACGAUAAAUCGUAAUUCGUUUACAAAAUGCUGCGAUCUUUUAUUCCAUUGUUUAUUUGUUACACCGUCCAAGUGCAAUCUGAAAUUCUUGAGAAGAACACCCUAGAAUAUAGCAGCUUUGGCCCAGAUUACUCCAACCACCAGCAAAAUGGUGGCAUGUACUAUGAAGAGUUAAAGUGCCCGGAGCACUGGAUACCUUUUCAACAGUACUGUUACAAAUUUAUUAAGUCGCCCCAAAGACCGUAUGCUGAUGCCAGAGAUUUGUGUCAAGCUUAUGCAGGCGAGCAAGCAUACAACAGUGGCUCAGAUUUGGUAUCUCUUAGCACUAUAGAAGAGCACAGUUUUCUUGUGCAACAAUUGAACCGUUAUGAUCCUCAACAUCGUCGAUGGUACAUUGGGGCGCAUCAAACGGUGUCUAAUAUUUACUCAAACCCUGAUGGGUCGCAACUACCUCCAAUGGAAAGUGCCUUUAUCAAGGAUGAAAUUUCAACAGGGUAUGGUGCUCCACAAAGGGAUUUUCUAGUGUAUAAGUUUUCUAAAACGCUGAUGCAUUGGGGACUGGAGCCUGUAGUUGGGGAUGAAUCCCUGCCAUUUAUUUGUAAAGCUUACUUAGGAGCAAUUGAAAAACUGAAAGCUGAUGAACGAAACUACGCAUAUGGAAUGGAUAUAUUUGACCCAGAGAGAGUGCCUAGAGGUCCGCAUUUUAUUAAACAGCCAGAAGACGCGAUUUUUGAUACUUCGAAAAGAAAUUUGUACAAUGAUAUACAUUUAAGUUGUUUGGCUGGAGGUUACCCAACUCCAACAUAUAAAUGGUAUAGAGAAGAAUAUGAAAAUGACAGACUAGUGCCCAGAGAGAUCAACCCAUUGGAGGAUGGAAGAUAUACAAUAAGUGGUGGUACUUUAAUAAUCAAUGAUCCUCAACAGAAACGAGAUAGGGCCACAUACCAUUGCAGAGCUACUAAUAAAUAUGGUACCAUUAUUUCGGAGAGUGUCAAUUUGAAUUUUGGUUUUAUUUUGGAAUUUGUUCUGAAGAGAAGUGCCGAAACUGGCGACUUGAAUUGGGGUAAAGCUAUUUAUUGCGACCCCCCCAAUCAUUUUCCAUCAGUAAAAUAUUCUUGGUCAAGAGACUACUUCCCCAACUUUGUUGAGGAAGACCGAAGGGUGUUUGUCUCAAACGAUGGCGCACUCUACUUCUCGGCUCUGGAAACUAUUGAUAGAGCUAAUUACAGUUGCAGUAUUCAAUCGGAGUUUUCGGACUCUGGAAGGAAUGGACCGUUAUUUCCAUUACGCGUCAAUCCACAUUCUAAUUACCAGAAUCUGAAAUUCUCUAACAACUUUCCGAAAGCGUUUCCCGAUACUCCAAUCGCUGGCAAGGAGGUUCGACUGGAAUGUGUGGUUUUUGGAUACCCUAUUCCCAGCUAUAAUUGGACUAGAAAAGGAUCUGUAUUCCCUAGAAAUGCGUAUUUCACAAGUUUUAAUAGAGUUCUUAUCAUUCCGCACGUGCACGUGGAGGACGAGGGUGAAUAUACGUGCCGUGCUUACAAUGACAGGCAGAUCAUUGAAAAUUCAGUUGUUUUAAACAUCCAAGCGGAACCCAAUUUCACCAUUCCCUUGACUGAUAAACAUAUAGAUAAGAAAGGAGAUCUGGUGUGGACCUGUGAAGCUUUUGGCAUCCCCGACGUGAAUUACACCUUUUUUAAGGAUGGAAGACAAUUCUCAAUGUUAAAUCUGGACCCUGAAGACCGAGGACGCAUAAAUAUAAGAGACAACGUGUUAACGAUAAGUUAUCUUAAUGAUAAAAGAGAUCCUGGGAUGUACCAAUGCCAAGCGUCAAAUACCCUUAAAACGCGUUAUUCUUCAGCACAGUUGCGCGUUUUGGCUUUUCAACCAUCGUUCAAAAAGAACCCCGUUGAAUCAGAAACGUAUGCCGCAGAAGGAGGCAAUGUUACCAUCAAAUGCAAUCCCGAAGCGGCUCCGAGGCCCCAAUUUAUCUGGAAGAAAGAUGGAAUAGAAAUUGGUUCAGGAGGCCAUAGACGGAUUUUUGAAAACGGCAAUUUACUGAUAAGUCCGGUCUCAAGAGACGAUGAAGGCAUUUACACGUGUGCCGCCAGCAAUGAACUGGGGCUCGCUGAAUCCAACGGACGAUUGAUUGUUCUACGUGGGCCAAGAAUUGUCGAAAGCCCAGGUCCGAAUAUCAUAAUCAUUAACGGACGCAACAUCGAUCUUCAGUGUUACGCUACAACGGACGAAAUGUUGGAUAUCGCAUAUAUGUGGACCCAUAAUGGAAUGCGAAUCCGUGAUAUAGAUAUUAUUAACUCAAAUGAUCGAAUAAGAAUUGACGGCGGAUAUUUGAGAGUUGCCAAUGCGACAUUUUCGGACUCUGGAGAUUAUGAGUGUGUAGUAGAGAGUGCUGUUGGAGCUAUUUCAUUCAAAACACUCGUAACUGUUCAGGGUCCUCCUGGAGCUCCAGGCGGGGUUCAAGUAAUGACAAUUCAGAAACACUCAUUUACCUUGCAAUGGACAGAUGGGGCGACACGUGGAAUGCCGGUUUACAGCUAUUCUGUCAGCGGUAGAACCAAUUGGAACAAUACUUGGACAGUAAUAGCCGUAGGGGUGAGAGCAAGAGAGAUUGAUAGGUUUACAGGCAGAAAGGAAGCUGACAUAGAAAUUACUCUAACUCCUUGGUCAAACUAUGAAUUUCGCGUAAACGCCUGGAACGAGCUUGGUGCUGGACCUCCUUCUGUCCCUAGUCCAAAAUAUCACACGGUUAAAGAUCGUCCCAAAGUAGCACCAAGAAAUGUGGGAGGCGGAGGAGGUAAAAUUGGAGACCUCACAAUAACUUGGACUCCUUUGCGCCCCGACGAGCAACACGCUGCCGGUAUCCACUAUAAAGUGUUCUGGAAAAGGUACAACGAACAGGUGGAAUUCCAAAGUGAGGAGUUAAAGGAGUUCGGCAAUACAAAUAAGGCUGUUGUUCAGAUUGAGCCUACAUUUUAUUACACUCAGUAUCUCGUAAAAGUUCAAGCAAUCAAUGAAAUUGGUCCCGGACCCAUAAGUGAGGAGGCUCUGGUUUUCUCAGCUGAAGAUAUGCCUCAAGUUGCACCGCAACUUGUAGUAGCCCGAUCUUUCAAUUCAACAGCUUUGAAUGUGUCCUGGGAUCCAAUUGAAGUAAUUCGAGAAAAAGUGAAAGGCAAGCUAAUUGGUCAUAGAAUAAAAUACUGGAAAAAAGACACCCAUGAAGAAGACAGUGUUUAUUACCUGUCUAGGACCACUCGGCCGUGGGCACUGAUUGUGGGACUGCAACCAGACACGUAUUAUUUUGUUAAAUGCAUGGCGUACAAUUCUGCUGGGGAAGGUCCGGAGAGUGAGAGAUACUUAGAACGUACCUAUAGAAAAGCACCGCAAAAGCCACCUUCCUCAGUUCGAGUUUACGGUAUUAAUCCAUCUACUGUGAAGGUGCAAUGGCGCUACGUUCAGCCGUCCUUAGAAGAAGAACCUUUACAAGGAUAUAAGAUUCGUGUAUGGGAAACCGACCAGGACUUGAGCACCGCAAAUGAUACGAUUAUUCCAUUUGGUGGCCACUUGGAGGGUUAUGUAAAUAAUUUGUCUCCGGGAAAAACAUAUCGUAUGAGAAUACUAGCGUUCUCAAAUGGAGGCGAUGGUCGUAUGAGCUCUCCCGCGCUGGUAUUCCAGAUGGGAAAUCCAGAUUACUUCCGAGGCAGCUCAUCGAGUAUUCAUAAAAGCUUAACUCUAACAUGGCUAGGCGUAGUUUUAAGUUUGAUCUUAUCUCAAACUUGACCAACCUUCUGAUAGGUAGUACAAGGUAGUUAAGAGGUUAUAUGAUAUUUGGACAAAUCGAAUUUUUACUUGUACAGAUAUUUUAUACGAUAUGUAAUAUUUAACUUCUAAGAUGUAAGAGUAGCAACUAGUGACCACAAUCGCACAAAAUUUGUGACAUAUGCAACAAUACGACUCCGUCCACUUCUGAAAUUAUUUUUACAGAUGUAAGCUUGAAGUAACUGUAUAAGUGCAAAACAUGAAUUAAGCAAACUAAUUUGCCAUACACUCUCACUUGCUUCAACGCUACAUUUUUUAUAUUUUUUUAUUUUUUGUUUUAUUUCAAUAAAAAUAGAUUUUAUAAAA